GAAAACAUUUCUCGCGAGAUUACAAGAGCCACCAUUUUGAUCAAAGUAGACGAGUCAUUUUCCGUCAUAACCGGUUUGAGAAGACAGGGCCAGAGUAAGCAUGGCAGACGGACAGAAUGAAGAUGAUUUGGCAACAGCUAUCCUCAGAAGGAAAGAUCGCCCCAAUCGGCUGCUGGUUGAGGAAGCCAUCAAUGAGGAUAACUCAGUUGUGUCCCUUUCACAGAGCAAAAUGGAUGAGCUGCAGCUUUUCAGAGGUGAUACAGUCCUCCUGAAGGGUAAACGACGACGUGAAACAGUCUGCAUUGUACUUUCUGACGAUACUACUGCAGAUGAUAAGAUCAGAAUAAACCGCUGUGUUAGAAAUAACCUGCGUGUCCGUCUGGGUGAUGUUGUUAGCAUUCAGGCAUGCCCAGACGUGAAGUAUGGCAAGCGAAUUCAUGUUCUUCCCAUUGAUGACACCGUGGAAGGAAUCACUGGGAACCUGUUUGAGGUCUACCUCAAGCCAUAUUUUCUGGAGGCCUACAGGCCAAUCAGAAAAGGGGAUAUCUUUCUGGUUCGUGGGGGCAUGCGAGCUGUAGAAUUCAAGGUCAUUGAGACAGAUCCCCAGCCUUACUGCAUUGUGGCCCCAGAUACUGUCAUUCACUGUGAGGGAGAACCUGUGAAACGUGAGGAGGAGGAGGAGGCCCUCAAUGAAGUUGGUUAUGAUGACAUUGGAGGCUGCAGGAAGCAACUGGCCCAAAUCAAGGAGAUGGUGGAGCUGCCUCUGAGACACCCACAACUCUUUAAGGCUAUUGGUGUUAAGCCUCCACGAGGGAUUUUGCUUUAUGGACCACCUGGAACUGGCAAGACACUUAUUGCCCGUGCUGUGGCCAACGAGACUGGGGCUUUCUUCUUCCUUAUCAACGGCCCAGAAAUCAUGAGCAAACUAGCUGGCGAGUCAGAAAGCAAUCUUCGCAAAGCAUUUGAGGAGGCUGAAAAAAAUGCCCCCGCCAUUAUCUUCAUUGAUGAACUGGAUGCCAUUGCCCCCAAAAGAGAAAAGACACAUGGAGAGGUGGAGCGGCGUAUUGUUUCACAGCUUCUUACCUUGAUGGAUGGCCUGAAGCAGCGCUCUCAUGUCAUUGUUAUGGCAGCCACAAACAGACCCAACAGUGUUGAUGCUGCCUUGCGCCGAUUCGGUCGCUUUGACCGUGAGGUAGAUAUUGGAAUUCCUGAUGCCACUGGUCGUCUAGAGAUCCUGCGAAUCCAUACAAAGAACAUGAAAUUGGCUGAGGAUGUUGACCUCGAACAGGUUGCAUCCGAGACUCAUGGACAUGUUGGUGCUGACCUGGCAGCCCUCUGUUCAGAAGCAGCCCUGCAGCAGAUUCGUGAAAAGAUGGAUCUCAUUGACUUGGAAGAUGAGACUAUUGAUGCUGAAGUUUUGGAUUCCCUAGCUGUUACCAUGGACAAUUUCCGUUGGGCUCUUGGCAAAAGCAAUCCCAGUGCCCUUCGAGAAACAUCUGUGGAGGUACCCAAUGUCACCUGGGAAGAUGUGGGAGGUCUGGAGGGCGUCAAGCGUGAGUUGCAGGAACUGGUACAGUAUCCAGUGGAACAUCCAGAAAAGUUCUUAAAGUUUGGUAUGACACCUUCGAAAGGAGUUCUUUUUUAUGGUCCACCUGGAUGUGGUAAGACUCUGCUGGCCAAGGCCAUUGCCAAUGAAUGCCAGGCUAACUUCAUCUCCAUCAAGGGGCCCGAGCUUCUGACCAUGUGGUUUGGAGAAUCUGAGGCUAACGUCAGGGACAUCUUUGAUAAGGCAAGAGCUGCUGCCCCCUGUGUGCUCUUCUUUGAUGAGCUGGACUCCAUAGCUAAAGCUCGUGGUGGGAAUGUUGGUGAUGGAGGUGGUGCAGCAGACCGUGUGAUCAACCAGCUGUUGACAGAGAUGGAUGGAAUGAGUGCAAAGAAAAAUGUCUUCAUCAUUGGAGCUACCAACAGGCCAGACAUCAUUGACCCAGCCAUUCUCCGUCCUGGUCGCUUAGAUCAGUUGAUAUACAUUCCUCUGCCGGAUGAGAAAUCACGUGUACAAAUUCUGAAGGCCAAUCUUCGGAAAUCACCUGUUGCCAAGGACGUUGACUUGGACUACCUUGCGAAGGUCACACAUGGCUUCAGCGGUGCUGAUUUGACUGAAAUCUGCCAGAGGGCAUGCAAACUAGCCAUUCGUGCAUCAAUCGAAGCUGAAAUACGAUAUGAGAAGGAGCGUGCACAAAACCCAGAUGCAGAUAUGGAAGUAGAGGACUAUGACCCUGUGCCUGAAAUAAUCAGGGCCCACUUUGAGGAAGCUAUGAAAUUUGCACGUCGCUCUGUCAGUGACAAUGACAUCCGAAAGUAUGAGAUGUUUGCCCAGACACUGCAACAGAGCCGAGGCUUUGGUGGCAACUUCAGGUUUCCGGGUGCUGCAGGAAGUGGUGGACAGGGUCCCAGCCAAGGUGGUUCAGAGGGAGGAAACUUUGGUGCUGAAGAAGGCGAUGAUGACCUUUACAGUUAAACAAGCGUGCAUGUUGUCCUUUGGAACAUUGGAUCAUUUCAAGAUGUGUAUAUGGUGGUUCCCCAUCAAGCUAAUGCUUAAAUUGUUCUUUCACUGGGAAGUGUCCAAUUCUGCCCAGGAUGGAAAUCGUGGAACUGCUAGGUCUGAGAGAAUCUGGUGAUUUUGUUGCUUCUUUUGUUAGUUCAUUGGAACAUGUCCAUAUAUAAUGUUGUACAGAAUGUAUGCUUUGUUUUGGUUUUUUUUUUUUGGGGGGGGGGGAGGGGGUCUCCCUUUAGUCCAUCAAUUUGAUUAAGAGUUUUAUCAUAUGUCUGAAACAUGGUCUGUAAUUGUUUUCAAGGUUUGUUUAGGUGUUUUUUUAAACCGUAGAGUAACAUUCUGUCACUGAGAAAUGCAUCUGAAGCAAGGGGUAUUGUUACCAGACAUUUUAUACUUAGUGUUCAGGCUUAACUUGAGAGUUUAUCUCAUCUCUACACAUGUGUAUGGAAAUGAUGAUACAGGGGAGAGCUGCAGACUAUGCUAGGUUUUUUUUUUUUUCCCCAAGUCUUGAAACUGACUUCAAGUGUUCUUUUUAAAGGCAGAGACAGUGUUAUGACUUCAAUGCAGCAUAUUAGUUGGACCCUAGAAUUUAUUGGAAUGGUUGGUUUGUGUAUUGUUUUUCAUGGAACUCUCCAGUUGGUAUUUAUGUCUAGUGAUUAACAGUCAAACAUGCAACUUGCACCAGUGUUGUCAAUAAUAAAAGGAUCAUUGAUGCCAGAAAUUUUUCAUUUUGAAA